UUAUUAACAGCCUCGUUUCCGCCCGGACCAAUAACGUCAUCAGGAAGCGCGGCGGCGUUAAAAACAAACGUACACUUGUCGCAAGAAGCGAUGAGAGAAGUCACUUUAAACUGAGUGUAGAACCGAAACAGCGGAUUUUGAUUUUCUAUCAUAGCAAUAUUCACAGUAUGCCGAGCAACUGUCCUGAGUGUGGCUCGUCUAAUGUGGUGGAGGAUGAUCUGUACUCUCAGAGGCAGUGGGUCUGUGUGGACUGUGGGUCAGUGGUCUCUGAGGGACAUCUGACCACCACACUGAGCGAGGAGACCCAGGGCAUAGCUGUGCCCUAUCAUGCUUCCACUGAGGAGUCCAAGAAACCAUGUAGAAAUCUAAUUGCUGGUUACUCUCGGGUCCGUGCUCUGUGCCGUAUCCUCCGAUUAUCCACCGACAUGGAGUCGGCAGUAGUGAGUCUGUUUGGCCGUGCUUACAACCACCCGAACUUCAUCUACGUGACCUUAACCAAGAAAGAGAUCUUAGGCGGCUGUUGCGUGCUCUCAGUCUGUCGCCAGUGCAACUGGCCUGUUGCCAUGGGAACCGUUGGUUACCUGUUGGGAGUGGAAAAUGCUACAUUGGGUGCUGUUUAUCGGGAGUUUACAAAGGCUCUGAACAUUGAGAUCAGCACUGUUGGUAUCAUGGACAUGCUGGAAAGCUUUUGCUAUGAUUUCAAACUAGGUCCUCAACAGGUGGAAGAGGUGUUUGCUGAACCACCCCAACGACUGGUGGACAGGACGUCUGCUUUGAUUGAACUAGCCGCUGAUGCCUGGAUAGUGACAGGCCGCCAUCCGUUGCCCCUCCUUGUUGCAGCAGUGUAUUUAGCAUGGCAGUCACUAAAUCCUACGGUUCGCAUGAAAUACACCUUAAUUAAGUUCUGCAAGAUCGGACAAGCACCUGAACAGUCAUGGCGCAGAAGCAGAGAUUCAGUUGUGAAGCGGCUGAAAGAGUUACGGGAUGUGCUGUGUAAACUGGGCCGGGCGCUGCCGUGGUUGCGGGGCGGCACGGUGGAGCCCAACACUGUGGUCCAGCUAGUGGAUGACAUCCUGAAGAACCGCAGGGCGUUGCUCAUGAGGGCUGUAAGGAAUUAUGAACAUCAGCUACAAAAUGAGGCCCAACCUGCACAAAUGACAGAAUGUGACAACAAGCCGUCAGAGUCAAACUGCUCUGAUUCACCCUCCUCAAAGACGCCUGAGCUCAUAGAUCCCAUUCAGGUCGAAUGUGAGAGUCCUUCUGAUAAGGAAGCCACAGAUUGUCAACUACCACCAAACCACUGGAGUAAAAGCCACUUGUUUUUACCCCCCUGUGUAAAGAGUCGCAAACGGCAGAGGGUUGAUGCUCCGCAGCCGGAGGUGACCGGAGAUGAAGACAUAUCAGACAGUGAAAUCGAGUCAUACAUUCGCUCUCAAGAUGAAAUUGAAAUGUAUCUAAAGGUUCAGAAGAAGCUAAAGGAGACAUAAUUGUGUUGUAGUGUUUACGUAUAUUAAAUUGCUGCUGAUUUCCUGAUACUAUCACUUUUUUUUGCAUUGAUUUUUAUUUAUUUCAUGGAUUGCACUGAUUAGUUCUGUUCAUUGUUAAUAAAUGCAUUUCUGUUUGAA